AUGUUCACCAUUAACUUUAAUAUUUAUGUUCCUCCAUCCUCAAUGGAGCCAUCUUCUCCGCACUCGCCUCACUUUUCUCAACCACCAAAUGCCAACUUUUUCAUUCCCUUCUUUAUUCCAUUCUUUACCUCACCACAACAGUCUCAUCCCAAUGCCACUCCACACCACUCUCAAUAUGGCUCAGCCUUCUUUGAUCCUCAACAAUUCUUCCAAAACUUGGCCAAUCAAUCCUUCCAAAACUAUCAACAAGAUCAAAUCAAUAAGAAAACACCCACUACCCAACGAGCCAUUCAGGAAUUACCUAAUUUUACGUUAACUCCUUUCCGAAAACAAAUCAUGAAUGAUCAAUGCUGUUCUUGUUCCGAAGAUGCAUCCAAUACUCAAUCAUGUGCCGUCUGUUUAUGUGAAUUUGAAGAACAAGAAGUCUUGACACGAUUACCAUGUGGACAUGUUUUUCAUAAAGAUUGUAUCAUGCCAUGGAUUAAGGAUCACAAUUCAUGUCCAACGUGUCGUUAUGAACUCGCAACCGAAGAUCCAGAACGAGAAGCUGCUCGACUUAAAAACAUGAAAGAUCGAUUUGGAGGAGAGCAUGGUUGGAAAGUGUUUGAAAUUUCGAAUAAGAUUGAAAAUGUGUUGAAUAAGGUCGAUGAAUUUGUGACGAAUUAUCAAUGCAAAAAACAAAAUCAGGAACAUGUCACGAACGAAAAUUUGGAAAUUCAGAAAAAUCAAGAUUUGAGAACAUUGCAACGAUUGGACGGCGAAUUGAUGAAUUUAACCAUUGAAUUGGAUAAUUUAGAGUUCCAAGACAAUUCUUGGAUUAAGAAGCAACGAAAAGCUCAAAUUGUGAAAAUUCAAUCGAUUUUGCGAGUCCUUGAUCAACUCAAAGAAGAAAUAAAUAAGACCACAAAUCGUUCUCUGUAA